AUGCUACUUCCAUCAGCAGUAUUACAUGCAGUUCUCUACCUAUCCUAUUUAUGUCUACUUAUACCAGUUAGAGAUAUGAGGGCUGAUCAAUCACUUACACUGCUCCAAUUUAACUUGUCAACAAUUAUAUUCGCCUUUCCAUCUAUUUACGGACUUGCACAUCCACUGAUCUGCCUUACUCGACAUUUCUACCUCAAGCAACGUGUAGACGACUUGCUAGGAGGACUUCUCCGGCGAAAUCCGUCGAUAACACUGGAACUUGCACCUGACAAUGGGGCCGCAAUGCAUAUCACGCCAGAAUUGAGUAGCUCUCACAGUUUUCGAUCGGAACAUGAUCGCCGGGUGGAUUUUCAUGUGGCACCAGAUAGACAUGCCGAAAUAUUGGCAACGUUUUGGGAUCGAGAAGAAGAACAGCGAGGAACGCUGUAA